AUGGCGGCGUCGUUCGACCUGCAGCUGGACAUCCAACGGUCGAUCCGGCAGGAGGUGGCUGCGGCGAUGAGCUCAGCAGGGAAGGGGAUGGGCGGCGGGGUGGUGCAGGAGACGUCGUCGGCGUGCACGGAUAUGGAGACGGAGGGGGCGACGAGGGUGCUGCGCAAGGAGAGGACGGCGAGGCCCGUGGUGGCAGGGGUUUGCACGGUGUGCCUGGAGGCUAGGAUUGACUCGCUGCUGUAUGGAUGUGGGCAUAUGUGUACGUGUAGCAUGUGCGGGCGGCAGCUAAUCGCGUCUGGGCAGGCGUGCCCGAUCUGCCGGGCACCCGUGAGAGAUGUGGUAAGGGCUUUUAUGGUGACGGAGUGAGGGUUUUUGUUUUGUUUUUUGUAUAGUAGCGUGUGUGUGUAUGUACAAGUAGAUAGUUGUGUGUUGUGUAGUUGUCGUGUAGUGCGGCGGCGUAAAAUAGGUUUUU